AUGAAAAGCUCAAACCAACGUAGAAGAGCAGUUGUCCUUCUUGGGCUUCCUUACUUCCUCAAAGAGGAACCCUCCAAGUUCAUCAAAAUUUGUGAGCCAACUGAUGAGGAAGAGGUGGUGAAGGGGAUGAAUGUUGGACUCUUGGUGGUCACAGAGGCGAACACUGCAAACCUCCUCCCAAAGGAAAUAAUCGAUGUGGCUGUGGUGUUAGAGGAGGUGAUUGUGCUUGAUGGCUUAACGGACGUGUCAAAUGCCUUUGCUAUACUAAUGGGGCUUCUUUAUGCUCUGAACAUCACUUACCCCAAGGAGCUAGAUGAAUCUCCAAAAACAGACCAAACUCAGCAGAGAGAAGAAUCUCUAAAAACAGAUGUACCUCAGCAGAGAGAAGAAUCUGUAACAGAUGAACCUCCGCAGAGAGAAGAAUCUCUAACAGAUGAACCUCUGCAGAGAGAAGAAUCUGUAACAGAUGAACCUCCGCAGAGAGAAGAAUCUCUAACAGAUGAACCUAUGCAGAGAGAAGAAUCUCUAACAGAUGAACCUCAGCAGAGAGACGAAUCUCUAAAAGCAGAUGAACCUCAGCAGAGAGACGAAUCUCUAAAAGCAGAUGAACCUCAGCAGAGAGACGAAUCUCUAAAAGCAGAUGAACCUCAGCAGAGAGAAGAAUCUCUAACAGAUGAACCUCAGCAGAGAGACGAAUCUCUAACAGAUGAACCUCAGCAGAGAGACGAAUCUCUAAAAGCAGAUGAACCUCAGCAGAGAGAAGAAUCUCUAACAGAUGAACCUCAGCAGAGAGACGAAUCUCUAACAGAUGAACCUCAGCAGAGAGAAGAAUCUCUAACAGAUGAACCUCAGCAGAGAGACGAAUCUCUAAAAGCAGAUGAACCUCAGCAGAGAGACGAAUCUCUAACAGAUGAACCUCAGCAGAGAGACGAAUCUCUAAAAGCAGAUGAACCUCAGCAGAGAGAAGAAUCUCUAACAGAUGAACCUCAGCAGAGAGAAGAAUCUCUAACAGAUGAACCUCUGCAGAGAGAAGAAUCUCUAACAGAUGAACCUCAGCAGAGAGAAGAAUCUCUAACAGAUGAACCUCAGCAGAGAGAAGAAUCUCUAACAGAUGAACCUCAGCAGAGAGAAGAAUCUCAAACAGAUGAACCUCAGCAGAGAGAAGAAUCUCUAACAGAUGGACCUCUGCAGAGAGAAGAAUCUCUAACAGAUGAACCUCAGCAGAGAGAAGAAUCUCUAACAGAUGAACCUCUGCAGAGAGAAGAAUCUCUAACAGAUGAACCUCAGCAGAGAGAAGAAUCUCUAACAGAUGAACCUCUGCAGAGAGAAGAAUCUCUAAUAGAUGAACCUCUGCAGAGAGAAGAAUCUCUAACAGAUGAACCUCAGCAGAGAGAAGAAUCUCUAACAGAUGAACCUCUGCAGAGAGAAGAAUUUCUAACAGAUGAACCUUUGCAGAGAGAAGAAUCUCUAACAGAUGAACCUCAGCAGAGAGAAGAUUCUCUAGCAGAUGAACAUCCGCAGAGAGAAGAUUCUCUAAAAACAGAUGAACCUCAGCAGAGAGAAGAUUCUCUAACAGAUGAACAUAUGCAGACAGACAACUCAUGGACUGAGAAAACAACAACAGAACAAGAAGAAUGUCUUCUAAAAGCAGUUUAA